CGUAUCCAGGUCCCUGGCGCUUGAGAUUAGGUCACCCAAACCAAACAAAUCGACAGCAAAAUGUAUAUUCUCGGAAAGUCGCAAGGAUUCUUCGAUUUUCGGAGAUUCUUCGAUUCUUCGACGAGCAAAUUAUUCUGCUCGUUCCUAUUCGCUAGUGUUUUAUGCAAUGUCGAAGCGGGAAGACCAAAUUUUGUUGUAUUCAUUGUAGAUGACCUGGGCAUCGGUGACAUUGGCUGUUUUGGUAACGACACGAUUAAGACGCCAAAUAUUGAUAGCAUCGCAUCGCAAGGAGUGAGAUUAAACCACAAUUUAGCUCCUUAUUCCAUGUGUACCCCAAGCAGGGCUGCCACCCUCACAGGAAGGUAUGCCGUGAGGUCUGGCUUCGCUGCUGGCCCAGGCGAUGUGAGAGUUAUAUCAGAACUUGCUAUGUCUGGUGGUUUGCCAGCUAACGAGAUCACGCUUGCAGAAAUUUUGAGGGACGAUGGCUAUAGAACGGGUCUGAUUGGAAAAUGGCAUCUGGGAUUGAACUGCGAGAACAAUAACGACUCCUGCCACAAUCCAAUCAACGCUGGAUUUCAGGAAUAUUACGGUCUGCCUUUUACCAAUGUCGGUGGGAUAUGUACGCGCCCGGAGGAUGGGGCGAGGGCGGUAAAGAAAUCCCAGGAAAAAGCCAGGAACCGUAUUAUAGCCACCUUACUCCUCGCUAUUGGACUCUAUUCUCUGGGAAUCGUAUCGGCAAAGUCUGCAUUGAUAUUUGCACUAGUAUUUUCAAUCAUUUUCUCGUUACCUCCGUUAAUUCUGAAGAUGGUCAUAUCGAGAAUGGAGUGUCCGUUGAUGCGGGAUUUUAAUAUUGUGGAACAACCCGUUGUCAUUGAAAAUUUGACUGUGAGAUUUACCGAAGAAGCAAAGAGCUUUGUCAGGCGAAAUAAAGAACAUCCUUUUCUUCUUUUUAUGUGCUAUAUAAAGGUUCACACAUCUCUCUUCACCUCACCGAAGUUCAAAGGCCACAGCGUUCAUGGAAAUUACGGUGACAACGUCGAAGAAAUGGAUUGGAGUGUCGGAGAAAUAAUUUCAAGUCUCAGAGAUGAGAACCUUUUGACGAACACGAUGGUGUAUUUCACCUCAGACCACGGGCCACAUUUGGAAGAGACUAUGGAUACGGGGGAGUACUGCGGGGGAUGGAGGGGGAAUUACACAGGAGGAAAAGGUCAAAGUUGGGAAGGCGGUAUCCGUGUGCCAACAGCCGUCAUGUGGAAAGACAAACUCCCUGAAGGCAUCACCAUCAACGAGCCUACAAAUACAAUGGAUAUUUUUACAACAAUGACCAAACUUGCGGGCUCCAGUGUGCCUGAAGACAGACUUAUCGACGGCAAAGACAUCUUUCCGUUGUUAAAGCAAGAGGAAUCCGUCUCUCCGCACGAGUUCAUGUUCCAUUACUGUGGCUCUUCGAUACACGCGGUCAGAUACAGACCGCGGGAUGGUAAUAUCACCUGGAAAGCACAUUUUGUAACUCCGAUUUGGUCACCUGGCAAGCAGGAAUGUGAAAGAGAGGAUAUUGUGUGUGGGUGCUUCGGUGACCACGUUGUCCAACAUGAUCCACCGUUGCUCUACGAUAUCACCAAUGAUCCAUACGAGAGCAACCCACUUGAGACAGGAGACUAUAAAGAUGUGAUACUGAAGAUGAAAGAAGCUACAAAACGUCAUAAAUUGGGAGUUAAACCGGUUCCGUCUCAACUCUCAUAUCCGCACAAUGUUUGGCGUUCGUCUCUCCAACCUUGCUGUAACUUCCCAUACUGUACUUGUGUUGAAAAUUCCUGAACUUUCCGCUGCAGUCUUCGUCAGUUUAAAUCAUGCAACGGAAGAGAACAUUUGCUGGGAUUUUCUAUCUCAUUUCGGGCAAAGAACGAUGUGAUGUAAAUAUGAUUCACAAGUUGCGAGAAAGUGUUUGUUUUAUUGGUUGUUUUGGCGAUAUUUUGCUUUGAAAACAUGUCCUUCGGAAGACGCGAAAUAAAUGACGAGUUAAACAACGUGCCUUUUGAAAACAUUUAUAAGCUUACAGAUUAUGAAUUAUUCCUCCUACACCGUUUUGUCUUGACUGCAUCCAUGUUCAUCUUUCCUAUCUGUCAUGCUUCAUAUAUCUUGUUCUUCUCGUUUU